AUGGCAGAAGCUAAACCCUAUAUUGUAUUAAAAGUAGUUUACAAGUCAAAAGGCAAAGACUCACUGACUCUCGGAUGGCAAAUGGUGGAUGUAUUUCAGCAAGAAACUACAAAUAUUAGAGCUAUCUGGACACCUAAAGAGUUUUCUACAGUUGUUCCACUGCAUCCUGAGAAACUUCCUUAUAACAUUAUGGAUUAUACUUUGAAGCAUGUCUCAAACGUUACACUUGAUCACUUGGAAGGCUGGUAUGUGGAAAGGUUGGUUGAAAAAAGACAUUCACGACCAGAACACUUUCCAAAAUAUAUCAAUAUACAUCAUGCAGUCCGCUGUCGGCAAAAAGCCGGCAUCUGGAUAAAGAUCAAACAAGCCUUUGGACUUAAAGCUGGUGGAUGUUAUGUAAAUGUGUUGGCCAGAGUCCUUAAGGGAGCUGGAAGCAUGCAUUUGCCUGAGUUACCUCAACAAUGGGCAGGAGAAGAAAAAUUUCUAACAAGCCAACUGGAUUUUACAAGUCUACAGAGAUCACCACGGUGGACUGAUCCAUCUGUGGUGUUACACCCUUAUCUUGAUCAUCAUAGUGUGCUUUUAAUUCAAAUAUUUGGCCUGAAUGCUAUUUAUGUUCCGGAUCCAAGUGGACAGAAACCAGGGAAAGUAAUAUCUCACCCUGGUCAGAUCCUGGAGCUUAAUACACAAUCACACUUAGGCUGGACUACUGUUCCACUCUUUGACAGUGACUAUGUGAGGAGUGGUGUGCACGGUGCUCCAUCGUUUCAGGGUUCUCCAAGUGCAGAAUUUCUCCAGUCUGUAAUCUCUCUGCCAGUGAAGGAUGUUAUGGCUGAAGGUAUAAAGAAAAAGACAUUAAAACUUUUGCCAACUUUUGGCAGUGUUACUCUUGAGUUUUGGGAUGGUCAUUACUUUGAAGAGGAGGAUUAUGAGCUACCUGUUCUAAACAACCUUCUAACUGUUGCCAACACAAAGAAAUUUGUGGACACUCAAGCAAACAAGAGAGGCCAGGAGCUAUCACAGCUAGUUCUGCACAGUAUGGAUAAAAAAAUAAGAAAAUUGGGACGACAUAGCCCUGAAUAUUAUCAACAAGAGUAUUUCUACAAAGAAGCAAUGGGAAACGCUUUUUACAGUCUUGUGGAAACAGUCCUCUUGAAUGCAGGUUAUGGUCAUCUAUGAGCUUUCCCUUCAAAGGUGAAGAAUAUUGGGUAUCAGAAUGAUCAAAUUCUUAAACUGGAUCAAACAUAUUUUCAAGCUCUACCUAAAACUAAGUAUACAUUAUGUGUA